AUGCGUGCCAAUGGUCGGGCCCGCUUCUACUCCACUCCCACUUCGACCACCCAGGAGGAGGAGCCCAACGUCAUUGCCACCGCCGGCUCGGACGUCUUCACUCCCACCACCGGCAAGGCUCCCAGCAUCAACCGCAACUUCAACACCACCAAGUACGGCGGCCGCCAUACCGUCACCCUCAUCCCGGGUGACGGUAUUGGCCGCGAGCUGACCGACUCCGUGCGCGCCAUCUUCAAGGCCGCCGAGGUCCCGGUCGUCUUCGACAUUGUCGAUCUCGUCCCCGAUGAGACUGGCAACGUGGACAUCUCCGAGGCCGUCCAGUCCCUGCGCCGCAACAAGGUCGGCCUGAAGGGCGUGCUCUUCACGCCGAUCCUGCGCACCGGGUCCCAGUCCUUCAACCUGCAGAUCCGCAAGGAGCUGGACCUGUACGCCAACCUGGUCAUCUGCAAGUCCAUCCCCGGCUUCCCGGCCCGCCACAAGGAUGUCGAUAUUGUCAUCAUCCGUGAGAACACCGAGGGCGAGUACUCCGGCCUCGAGCACGAGCCCUUCCCCGGCGUGGUGGAGUCCCUGAAGGUCGUCACCGCCCACGGGUCCGAGCGCAUUGCCAAGUUUGCCUUUGACUAUGCCCGCCAGAACAACCGCUCCAAGGUGACCGCCAUCCACAAGGCCAACAUCAUGAAGCUCGGUGAUGGGCUCUUCCUCAAGUCCUGCGAGGACAUGGGCAAGCUCUACUCCCAGAUCGCCUUCGACUCCAUGAUCGUUGACAACUGCGCCAUGCAGAUCGUCGCCAAGCCCCACCAGUUCGAUGUCAUGGUCAUGCCCAACCUCUACGGCAACAUCAUCUCCAACAUCGGUGCCGGGCUGAUCGGCGGCCCGGGCGUCUGUGCCGGUGCCAACAUCGGCACUGACAUUGCCCUCUUCGAGCCGGGCGCCCGCCAUGUUGCCCGCGACAUCCAGGGCCGCAACCUGGCCAACCCGAUUGCCAUGCUCACCAGUGCCACGAUGAUGCUUCGUCACAUCGGCCUCAGCUCCUAUGCCGACAACAUCGACAACGCCAUCUACAAGGUCGUUGCCGACGGGAAGAUCCGCACUCGCUGCAUGGGUGGCAACUCCUCCUCCACCGACUUUGUCCUUGGUCUGAUUGCCGAGCUCCGCUAAGGUCCUCCCUUCUUCCUCCCCCUGCUCUCCUGCUCCGCGGCAUGUGCACGUGUGGGCAUGUUGUCUGGAUGCAAGAAUAGGCGUGCCAGUGCGGCAUGCAUGUGCCGCGUUCCCCCCUCCUCUCGCCUUGCUGUGCGAACACCUUGCGACUUCUCCUUCCCACAUUCCCCCCCCCCCCUGCAUUCCUCCUCCUGCUCAAGCACCGCGCGAGCAUGCCGGGCGCGAUGGGACCUCCGCCUGCGAACGCUCCCUGCCCUGCUCUCACCCCCUUGCGUUUCGUGGCUCGGCUCUUCCCUCUCCUUUGUCCAUUUCUUCUUCCCCCCUUCCCUUCCCCUCCCCCUCCCCCUCCUGAAUAUACAUUGUCAUAGAUA